GCAUGAAUCCGAUACGUCAGUCCAUCCAUGCAGCCAUCCAUCCAUCCAUCCAUCGAACACGCACACGCGAGGUCUGUCAUAUGUCAAGGCAGGUCCGUCCGAUGGCAGGGAGGCCCUUCAGGGUGCCAGUAGGUCGAUGACAGCAGGCCUCUGAGGCAACGGUGCCCUCCCCUUGGGCGGCCCCGUCCUGCCGCCCCUGAAGCCUCUGUUGAUUGUCUGCCGCCGUGCCGUCUUGAAUGUGAAAAAGCCGCCGAGCGAUGACUGCACCCGACGGCCAGUAGACCUGCAUUGCAGAAAUCAAGACAAUGAAUGCGCAGCAUCCCGACCCUCAUCGGUUAUCCUUACUGUUCGUGAUAGGUCAUUUCAGCGUCUCUUGGGGAUCGUGGAGUCGGUUGUCCCUCGGUGGGCUUCAUGGGGCGCUCGGCGGGCUUCAUGGUCGACUCCACGCGCCUGAGAGCAACACGUCAACUUCUGCGCCUGCUGCCGGUGCUUGUGAAUCGACUCUCAUCCACUUACAUCGUAUCGACUUGGAUCGGGAGGAAGUCGGUGAUCUCUGCUUGACGGCCACCCAGAGACUUCUUGCGAAAGGCCGGCAGCGUCCUGCGAGUCAGGCCAUUGCAGCCAGCCCAUCGACCAACCAGCCAAGCAGCAGACAUCAAAACGAUCGAUGGUCUCUCUCGUCUAUGCGUAAUUGAUGCACGUGUCUGCCCACCAGAACAUAGGGUCGCUUCGAACGACGCUGCAGGACAGAGACAUGGACAGAGACAAACAAGUAGAUGCUCCUGUCCAUGCGGGCGUCCGCUUUCGUUUACCCAGCGGAAGGGAAGAACUCAUCCAUAGCUUGCAGACGUGUGUGCCUCUUGGGGAAACCGAACACCUUGCUGAUGCGACAAAGCAUUGCAUGACGAUUCGUCAUCUCUGUGUACGUGUCUCUUUGACCGACUUUGUGUGUGGGGGGUUCUGCUUUCUGUUGCGAUACUCAUCCAGCUCCAUCUGGUCCAGAUCUUCAUCGGACG